GAAAGUGCUACCUCUGAUUCUAUACUAGUAGAAGAAAUGGUUCCAGAAAAGGAUCUGUCCAAGUAUCUCGUCCCCGGAUCGGACAAAACGUACUACAUACCGAACUUUGUGUCGGAGGACGAAGAAGCGUAUCUCCUGAGGAAGAUUCAAGAGACGCCUCAGAAUAAAUGGAGACAACUUGCAAAUAGGAGGUUGCAAACAUGGGGAGGAGACCUAACCCCCAAAAAUACACUCAUCCCACAAUCCAUGCCUCCUUUUCUCUCGUCGUAUCCCGAUAUCAUCUCGCGCAUAGAGGCGACCGGGAUCUUCAAAGAUUCACCACACCGACGACCUAAUCAUGUUAUUUUGAAUGAAUACCUACCAGGUCAAGGGAUAAUGCCACACGAAGACGGCCCAUCCUACCACCCCGUCGUUGCCACACUCUCCCUAGGCUCACACGCAGUCUUUCACUACUACCGCUAUCAGUCUUCACAGCCAGCGGAUGAUACUAGUACAGAAGGCGAGACAGUGUCGACGAGCGGCAGGGGACGAAUCAUCGACCGUACGCCGGCGCUCACGAUUCUGCUCGAACCGCGCAGUCUCGUGAUUACGACUUCAUCGCUGUAUACGGACCAUCUACAUGGGAUCGAUAAUAUCACCGAGGACGCAUUCGCGGCACACUCACCCCGUCCCUACUAUUCAACAAACAACGGUGAUGGCCAGUCAAAAUCAGGGAGUGAGGAUCGCGUAUGCGUCGCUAAUGUUGAGAUGCUGGAAGGAGAGGUGGAAAAGAGGGUGGUGCGGGAGGGUGGAGUGUUGAGUAGGGGGACGAGGUAUAGUUUGACUUGUAGAGAUGUUGGGAGGGUGGCGAGUGUAGGGACGGGAAAGAUUUUUGGGCGAAGAUGACUGGCGCUCCCAGAUAAAAAAAAAGUAAUGCGAUAAUCCAA